AUGGCCAAGGAUGGCGGCGAUGGCGAGGCGUCGCAGAAGCAGGCCGAGCCGGCCGACGCGGCCCUCAUGACGCCGAGGAGCCGUCGCCUGUCCUCGAGCACCGUCGACACCCUCCCGGCCUACGACGAUCAACGCUCGCCCGCCUACACGGAGACGGCGGGCCCGCAGGACCCGCCCAAGCCGACCUCGUCGAGCGCGCCGUGGCAGAACCGGCUCAUCAUGUCGACGUCAGGUCUCAGCGUCGCCAUGAGCGCCGAGAGCCUGCGCAGCCUCAAGUACUGCCUGCGCUGGCUCCGAUGGUCCAACGACCACAUGAGCCGCGUCAUCGGGAACCUCAAGACGGCCCUGGAGGAGUACGAGCAGACGGACCCGGCCGCCUCCCGCGUCGACGCCGCCAAGGAAGCCGUCGACGGCGCCGAGAGCGAAGCCCAAGCCUCGGGCCAGAAGACGCCCGAGGAAUCUCGUGCCGAGCUGGCCCACAAGAUCAACUUUCUCAAGCUCGACGUCCUCAAGACGCUCCAGGAGUCCAUCAACACCGUCUCCAAGUACACGGGCGGCGCCCUGCCCGAGAACGCCCGCGUGCUCGUCCACCGACACCUCACCACCCUGCCGCAGCGCUUCCGCGUCGCCACCAUGUCCAACGCGGCCGAGGGCGCCGACAGGGACAGCGAGUCGGCCAUCCGCGAGGGUGCCCAGAAGAUCCUCGUGCUCGCCAAGGAGGGUCUCGACAUGGUGACGCAGAUCAUCGGCGUCGUCGACGGCACCAUCGUGAGCGCCGAGCAGUGGUGCGAGCGUUUCGGCAAGAAAAGGCGACCGUCGACGGGCGACGACGAGGCGAUGACGCCGCGGCUCUCGCCCAGCGGUGACGUCAAGAUGGACGAAGCCGAGCCGCAAUGA